CUGUGAAUCCGUGCCCUGAUUGGCUCAAACACAAUACCAAUUGUCUGAGCUGUCGCCGGAAAAACAAACGCGCACAAUACGCGCCUUGUAGCUUUCAGCCUGUAGUCCGAUGCUCUUCAUUUUGAUAAUAUUGAGUUGAUGUGCUCGGACAAAAUACAAAUGGCUUGACUUGACAGGAAUAAGGCGUAGAAAUGCCGGGCAAAACUUCCAUCUUUUUUUUGGCAGUUUUUGCAUGCUUUACUCUCGGCCAUGUGUCUGCGAGAUUGAAUCUCUACAUGAACGAAACCGAAGCGAAAAGAGUCCUCGGCUUUAAAGGUAAAUUCUUCUUUGUUCAUGACGGGGAAGUAAAGAAGAACGCCGUGUUCUACCGAAUGCGUGUUCCAUCCUCAGUUGAUUGCCUUGGCUUCACAUGGUUUCGCGAAGACACGCCUACGACCUACUCGAUCCUCAUAGAAUCUCUCACCCCAAGACUCGUAUAUCCCCCGGAACUCAACAUCCAAUCGACCGGGCAAGUUCCUCAAAAUGCUCAGACUUUUUGCCUGCAGUUCAAGUGCCGGCAGGAGAAAGUGGGUGAAGCACAGAUACAGAUGAAUGUGACACUCUUUGCUGGCUCCACUCUUAGGGUUCUAUCUUUUCUAAGAAUCAAGUCCUGUCGUAGAGAAGUUGUUGCUGACAAGUUUUCUGAAGCCAACCCUACGGCACAAGCCAAACCAAAUACAGAUGGUAAGACCUCUUUCUCUGCAUCAGAGAAAACCAAAGUUUUCUACAUAGCAGUGGGUGUGGCCUGUAGCGUCAUUCUUGUCAUCGCCCUAGCUGUCGCUGCCAUCCAUGUACACUCAAUGCCUUCUCCUUCACAAAACAAAGAUAGAGCCAGCAUCUCUGAUGGCAGUGAGUUGGGCCAUGGGGGCAGUCCCAAUAAGAUGGCGUCUGCAAAGAGACCCUUACUUAAUGGCUCCGUGAAGAAUAAAGGACAGUCUUCUAGGCCAGGAGAUGCUGUGCAAAAAAUGUUGAAUCAGUUGGGUACCGCAAUAACACCGCCAAAGGAAGCCCCACAAACAAUCGAUAUCCCAGUAACAGUGGAAAUAAACCAGCCGAAUGCCCAACAGGCACGACCUCAACUUAACCAACCUCAGUCAAGGAACAUUUACAUGACCGCGCCUCCAAUCCCCAACACAAACUUGUCCAAUGGGGACAUAAGCCGGACAAUGUCCAUGUCAUCCAAUGUGACGGCUCUUAACCGGGGCACAUCAGUGAGUAGUGCGCCUGUCCCCAGGGGGGACUCAGUGAGUAGUGCACCAGGCAUGGAGCUUUACCCCCAUGCAGGGGGUCUGCUUAGUACACAGAAGGGGAAGUACGGGAAUAGGGACAUCAAGAGCGAGCUCGCGGACCUUGAGGUGGACAUGUCAAGGAUAACACUAGGGGAUCUGCUGUAUGAAGGCACCUUUGCGCGUAUUUACGAGGGCGUGCUGACAGGACCCGAGGAGCACCAGCAGCAGGGGGUUAUCGUCAAGACGGUGUCCGAGAUCGCGUCGCGUGACCAGGUCACACUCAUGUUGAUCGAGAGCUCCAUGUUGCGUGACUUGACGCAUAAGAACUUGCUGCCAAUCAUGUGCGUGUGUUCUGAGGACGAGCAGCAACCCCUGGUCAUGUUCCCAUUCAUGAACAGGGGCAACCUCAAGCUGUUCCUCAAGCGGUCGAGAUCACCCGAGGGUGUGUCCAAGUCGUUAACCACAGCAGACCUCGUCCACAUGGGCAUACAGGUCGCCAAAGGGAUGCAGUACCUCGCGCGCCGUGCCAUCGUGCACAAAGACCUCGCAGCCAGAAACUGUGUGUUGGAUGACGAGCUGAACGUCAAAGUGACAGACUGUGCGUUGUCACGUGACCUGUUCCCCGGAGACUACUGCUGUCUGUGUGACAACGAGAACAGGCCUGUUAAAUGGAUGGCCGUUGAGAGUUUGGAGUCUAAUCGUUACACUGUCUCUAGCGACGUGUGGUCUUAUGGAGUGUUGCUAUGGGAACUGAUGACACUUGCACUUCAGCCUUAUGCUAAUAUCGACGCAUUCGAAAUGUUGAACUUUUUGAAAAAGGGACAUCGCAUAGCUCAGCCAGUGAACUGCCCGGACGAGCUUUUCACUGUCAUCGCAUGCUGCUGGGCACUGUCCGAAGAUGACCGGCCCAGUUUCGGGCAGCUCAUUGUAUGUCUUACAGAGUUUCACAACGCUCUUAGUAAUUUCAUAUGAUUUCGCUGUGGAGAAACGAGCAAGAUGAUUGACAUCGUCACGCAAGAUGAUUCACAAAAGUUACCGUGACAUGAAACACUUGAGUCACUAUUCUCAUUGGUCCAUGUAUGGCGUUACAAAGGUGGUGUUACACAUACAAUGUGUGACUAUUGACCAUCAACUAUACCUCUCAUGGCGUGCCAAAAACUGAUGUGUUAUAUGGGAAUGCGUGACAAUCCGUGCUUGUUUGGUAUAUGCAGUUCCAUGCGUCAACAACAACAUGUUUUUACAUGACACCGGAAGUGUCAUGGAGUCACGCAACACUUGAAUAAAGACUUGUCGGAGAACCUGCGUUUGUCACGCGCAACGCGUCGUCACUAUGGGAUUCUUUGAAUAACCCCUAAUUUUAAAACAAAAGAAAAUAAAAAAUGUACGGGAAAGUUAUUCACAUGAAAGACUAUGAUAUAUCAUCAGGCUAAGGAAAAUGCUUUGCGCAAAUACUAAAUCUCAGAGACAGAAUUGCUUACUUGAUUUAAUGAUAAAGCCCCGCGGAUGUAAGCUAUUUCCGCGUGGGGGAAUUUUGUUUUAUGUACAUAUAUAACAGAGACAGAAUGUUAAUAUAAAUAGCAGCAUUGGCACAAAUAUGUGACGGAAAAGAACAGUAUUACCCCUCCCACCCACGGGGCGAGCUAUUUACAGAGCUCUCUGUCAGAAAAUCUAUCUUACAGUGAAUGCUCGAUUGAACAUUAAAGGCGUGCCUAUUGGCUUUGGCUCCGA